UAUUUUAUCAUUUUACUAAAUAAAUAUGUUAUUUUCCUAAAAGAUGAAAGAAGACAACCAUGAAUAAAGAACUGAAUAAUUUAUCUAAUACUUCUGAUACACAUAAUUAUCCAGCUGCUUUUGGAAACUGCACAGAUGAAAAAAUCUUAUUCAAGAAACACUACCUCCCUAUUAUUUACAGCAUCAUCUUUCUGGUGGGUUUCCCAGGGAACGCAUUAGCCAUCUCCACUUAUAUUUUCAAGAUGAGACCCUGGAGGAGCAGUACCAUCAUUAUGUUGAACCUGGCCUGCACAGACUUGCUGUAUUUGACCAGCCUUCCUUUCUUGAUCCAUUACUACGCCAACGAUGAAGACUGGAUCUUCGGUGACUUCAUGUGCAAGUUCAUCCGCUUUGGCUUCCAUUUCAACUUGUACAGCAGCAUCCUCUUCCUUACCUGUUUCAGCAUCUUCCGAUACUUUGUCAUCAUCCACCCCAUGAGCUGCUUUUCCAUUCAUAAAACCAGAUGGGCUGUGGUCGCCUGUACCGCCGUCUGGAUCACCGCCUUGGUGGUGGUCGUUCCCAUGUCCUCUCUGAUCACAUCCGCCCAGAGGAAGAAUAGAUCCUCCUGCCUUGAUCUCACAAGCUCUGACGAUCUCACCACCAUCAAAUGGUACAACGUGAUUCUAACAGUGCUCACCUUCUGCCUGCCCCUAGUGGUGGUGACGAUUUGCUACAUGAUGAUCAUCUAUAACCUGGCUCAAGGACCUCACACGCGGAGCUCCCAGAAGCAGAAAGCGCGGAGACUGGCCAUCCUCCUCCUUGUCGUUUUCUACAUCUGCUUUUUGCCCUUCCAUAUCUUGAGGGUCGUCCGCAUAGAAUCCCGUCUUCUUUUAAUUAGUUGCCACUUGGAGAACCAGAUCCACAUCGCUUAUAUUCUCUCCCGGCCGUUGGCAGCCUUAAAUACCUUUGGCAACCUGUUGCUUUAUGCUGUGAUUGGGGACAACUUCCAGCAAGCCAUUUGUUCUUUGGUACGAUGUAAGCCCAAUGGAGACCCACAAGAAACAGGGAAAAGUAGUUCUGUGAAUAACCCAUGAAACAGAUUAGACGGUCGCCAGUCUUAAGAGAAAUGGCUGCUUUGGCUUGACUUAUAACUUCUAAGAAGUCUGGGGAUAUUUCCCUCCAUGGAACUCACAGCACAUACUGUGUAUUCAUACCAUUACAUAUCAAAGGCAGACGGCUCUGCUGGGAGCUUUUCCUUUCUUUUUUUUAAUAGUAUAUCACUAGAAAUAUCUUAGUGACAGACCUUUUAUUGACAUCUUAUUCAGGUUAAGUUAGCUAAAAUACGAGGCUCCAUAAUCAUUCCAACUAUCACCACCAAACACCUUAAUAUGGCCAUAGAGCUUUAUGGCCACAAGGUGCUUUUCCAUACAUAUCUCAUUCCAUUUUCACGCAGUGCACUGAGGUAGGUCUUGCAAAUUUGAGAAUGCUAAUUUUACUUAUAAGGAAGCAGAUUCAGACAGGUUUACAACUUGCCCAGAGUUGCAGAAUUAUUUAGUGAAGGAGCCAGGCAGGGCUUAAGCACAGUUCUUUGAGGAAGCAGUGUGGCCAGGCAGGAUUAUAUCCAGGAAGACUUAGGUUCAAACUCCGCCUCUGACACUUCAAUAAUCAAUCAAUAUUUAUUAAUAAUUUAUAAUGGGGCAGACGUAGUGCUUAUUGGCUCUAAGAGUGUGGACUAGUCACCAGGGUCAAUUUCCUCCUGGGUAAAUUGUGGACAAUAAAAUCCGGAGUAAAGUCCUCAUAGAUUUAUCAUGAGAUACAAAUGAGAUAAUAUAUAAUUAUAAAUAAAUA